CGACGACGACGUGUGGGCAUGACAGUAGGGAUGAUAAUAGCCUUGAGUAUGAUAGUAAUGUGGAUGUUUCCAACAGGGCGACUGAAACUGAAGUCAUCUGUGUUCUUAGUCACACCUCGUCAACACCUUCCCCCAGUGCAUCUCCCAUCUGGGCAGGGAUUGCAUACCCAGCCUGGCACUGAAGCGCCCCCUGACCGUCUGUGGCAUCUAGAUCUUAAGGGUGCUGCCCCUAGGAUAGAGGUGAUUGAGGGUAUGAUGGUACUAGCGGCGCAAGCAGGAGCAACAGGGGUUCUGGUAGAGUGGGAAGAUUCCUUCCCCUUCACAGGGUCGCUAGCAAACCUCUCAGCCUACAAUGCUUAUACAAUUGAUGAGGUGAAACGCGUUGGAAUAGCAGCCAAAGGUGCAGGAUUGAUGAUGAUUCAUUUGAUGCAGAGUUUAGGGCAUUUGGAAUAUGCCCUCAAGCUUCCAGAGUGGGCAGAGCUACGCGAGGGUGAGUCCCCAGGGGAGGCUUGCCCGUCUCACCCGGGCACGUCACGUCUGGUUACUGAGGCCAUCAAUCAGAUGAUGUCAGCGGUGCAGACAUCAAUCGUCCACAUAGGUGCAGAUGAGGUGUUUACUUUAGCUCAGUGCCGCCGUUGUCAGGCUCGUGAUCUGGCACCUUUACAAUUGUACGUGGAUCAUGUGGCGUACGUGGCGCAGUACGUGAAAUCGAGGUGGGGCGUGCGUGUGUUGAUAUGGGAUGAUAUGCUCCGCCACGCCCCUUCCCACCUGCUGCAUGCUCUGGCUGGUCUGGUGGAACCCACAGUAUGGGCGUAUGGUCCAGACGUGUCUAGGAUGGUCCCACCAUACAUUCUUAGGACCUACGCAGCUGUCUUUCCCAGGGUAUGGUUGGCCCCAGCGUUUAAAGGAGCCACGGGACCCCGCGCGAUCAUGCCCGAUGCUGCUAAGCAUGCUGCUAAUACCCUGGCCUGGGUGCAGGUUGGGCAGCGGAUGAGGCGCUAUGCUGGUCUGAAUGUUGCUGGAAUUGUGGUUACUGGCUGGUCUCGUUAUGACCACUUCGCUGUGCUCUGUGAACUGCUCCCUCCGUCUGUCCCCUCGCUAGUCUUAACCCUCCUGACUGCUUCACGUGGGUUCCUGACGCCUGCUGUCCUACACGAUGCCUACACCCUGCUGGAAUGCCCCCCGCAUGUGAUCCUGGAUCCUACAAGAGAUCCACAUCUAUGGGCAUCUCGUGACUGCUCGUUCCAGGGAGCCAACAUGGUUUCCUUUCUUCACCGCUACGCUCGUCUGAGAGAUAACAUCAACACCAUGAUGAGAGAGAUAGAAACUGGAGGCUGGAUGACCCCAUACAACAUCCAUCACAAUUUCUCCUCACCCAACCGCGUAAGGGAAGCUACGGUAAGCCUACGUAGCUUCACCUCAGCUCUGAGGGACCUGCGCAUCGAAGCACAAGCGGUGUUACCACAGUACCACAAUAACGCUACAGUAGAGGAAUGGACAGAACAACAUCUAGCAACUCUCAAUGCCACACUUGCUACUCUUACCCACUCUGCUACUUUACUGUUGAGUCACAAGACCUGGCCCAGGAGACCUUUGGAACGCCCGUCAUCCCCUGAAACCUGACAAUAGCCUGGUUGAUCAGACCCUGAUCCACCACGAGGCUUGGUCUCAGACCCCGCCGCGGGGGCGUUGACCCCCCGAAACCUUCUCCAGGUAACACCAGCCCAGGAGACCGUUGGAACAACAGUCAUCCCCUGAAACCUGACAGCCCAGAAGACCUUUGGAACACCAUUGUUCUUCAGAGUCUUCAAGACUACUGUGGGCUUCCACUCCAAGACUGAGGGACUAAUUACCCUGAAAUUAUCCCUCUACUAGUUUCACCUAUUU